CAACGCGUUCCUUACCCUCAAAAUCCACUCUUCCCAUAUCACUAUCUUGCUGCAAUCUAGUUUUUCGACUCUUCAGUAUGGCUCAGGCUGUUCAAGACAAUAGCCCUGAAAUCAGAGAGCCGGCUCCAAAGAUCCCCAAGCUUCAACAGAAUGGCGUUCAUGAAGUCUCAGAAGCUCCCAUCUCUCUAUUUAGGGUUAAAAAGCUCUCUGAAAAAGCUAUUUUGCCCACCAGAGCUUCUCCUCUUUCUGCGGGCUAUGAUCUCUCCAGUGCAACUGAGGCUAAAGUGCCUGCUAGAGGUAAAGCUCUUAUCCCAACAGAUCUGAGCAUUGCCAUACCUGAAGGAACGUAUGCUCGCAUUGCGCCGAGAUCGGGAUUAGCAUGGAAGCACUCGAUUGAUGUUGGAGCAGGUGUGAUAGAUGCUGAUUAUAGGGGUCCAGUUGGGGUUAUAUUGUUUAAUCAUUCGGAUGUGGAUUUUGAGGUCAAAGUGGGAGAUCGAAUUGCCCAGUUGAUUAUCCAGAAGAUCAUGACCCCUGAUGUUGUGGAAGUUGAGGAUUUGGAUGCGACCGUGAGAGGUGAAGGAGGAUUCGGCUCAACAGGCAUUUGAGUUUGUGUAUUUGUCAAUUGUUAAUCUAUGCCACCGUAAUGAACAGAUGGUUGGCUUGAGGAUUGAAAAGUCUGUUCUGCAAGUGGUUUUCAAGUAAAACUGAAUCAUGAAUGUCAUAAAAACAUUCUUGCUUUUA